GCAGGUGACGAGUGCAGCGGGACCGAGGAGCUUCUCUCAGCGGGGAAACAGCCUCUCAGCUCCGGCCUGUGUUCAGCCGCAGCUCCGGUCCAGUGUGGAGGUUCCGCUCGGUCAAAGAAGGAGUUUGUGUGUUUCUCUUCUUUCCCGCUGGUUCACUUCGCUGUUCUCUGCGGAGUCUGCGGUCGGUCCCCCCUCCCCUCCACAGCAGCGCCGCUUUGCGCUGAGGUUACACCGGCGAGCAGCGCGCUUCAGCCGGGGCAGCGCCGGAGCAGGAGACGGAGCAGCCGAGCGGACGGAGGUUAGCGGGCACCGGGGGAAGCACCGUGCGGGGUCGGAGGAGGCAGCAGCCGCAGCAGUGACAGGGAUGCUCUCCCCCCGCAGACACUGAGGGAAGGAGCUGCCUCUGGAGCUGGAGGAUUUAUGGGACAUAUUGGCCGGAUUUUCCCCGUCGUUGCAAACUUGUGUCCGGGAUGGGGAAGGAGCAGGAGCUGCUGGAAGCCGCCCGGACCGGGAACGUCGUCCUGGUGGAGAAACUGUUGAGCGGUAGGAAGGGGAUCCUGGGGUCCGGGUCCGGCUCCAUCCCCCUGCCCAACCUGCUCAGCAUGUGGAAGGGCCUGAAUGUGAACUGCACAGACAGCUCAGGAUACACACCCUUACAUCACGCUUCACUCAAUGGACACAGGGACGUGGUGCUGAAGCUGCUUCAGUUUGAGGCGUCCACACACGUGUCGGACAGCAAAGGCUGCUUCCCGCUGCACCUGGCCGCCUGGAGGGGAGACGAUGAUAUCGUCCGAAUCCUCAUCCACCACGGACCCUCGCCCUGCCGAGUCAACCAGCAGAACCACGAGAGGGAAACGGCUCUUCACUGUGCGGCCCAGUACGGACAUUCGGAGGUGGUUGCAGUUCUGCUCCAGGAGCUGACCGACCCCACGAUGAGGAACAGCCAGCAGGAGACGCCCCUGGACCUGGCGGCGCUGUACGGACGACUUCAGGUGGUGCGCAUGCUGGUGAGCGCUCACCCCAACCUCAUGACCUGCCACACUCGCAGCCACACUCCGCUUCACCUGGCCGCGCGGAACGGCCACCACAGCACGGUGCAGACGCUGCUCGAUGCCGGCAUGGACGUCAACUGUGUGACGGAGAAUGGCAGUGCCCUCCACGAGGCAGCUCUCUUUGGGAAGAUGGAUGUAGUUCGCCUUCUGCUCGACUCAGGUAUCGACACCAAUCUGACAGAUUGUCAGGGUAGAGCAGCUCUGGAGAUCCUGAGGGAACAUCCUGCACCCAAAUCCCAGCAGAUCACUGCUCUUAUCCAAGAUUAUAUGAUAGAUGAGAUGGAGAGGAUGAGUAUCGUGGAGGAGCCUGUACGGAAGUGUCCCAUCCCAGCACCUAGAACCUCGAUCCCCUCGCCCUGCGCCUCCCCCUCCCUCAGACACAAGAAUGAUGCUGUGACCAGCGAGCUGUCCAAGCUGCUCCACGAGAUGAAGAAGUGCCGGGACAGGGACUACUCCUUCGAGGAGCUCUGCCACACCAUCUCCUCCCACUCCAUGGACAGCUUCGGGAGCGGGCGGCUGUCAGACGAGGACCGGCCGGAUCGACCCAACGGGACCCUGACCCGAGGCAACAAGCGGCCCACCCCUCCUCUUCCUCCUGCCCUGGAGGAAGAUGAGGCCGAUAGAAGCUGCGGCCCCACUGGAUUCUGGGAGGCCCUGACGCCCUGCAACGGCUGCCGCAACCUGGGCUUCUCCAGCCUCUCACAGGACUCAAAGUGUUCAGGAGAGAUCAUCACGUCCCCGUCUCUGGACGUUUUCCUUCCCGAGGACGAGGACAACCCGUACGAGUCUGUGACGACCGCCGUCACACGCAAACCCUGCUCGCUUGAUAUCAACCUCCGGCUCAACAGCGGGCCCCGCAAUGGUCACCUGUCCCAUGGACCGGUGAGUGAGGGGGAGCACGGUAACCAUGGCAACUGCUCGACGGGCCCCACUCCAGACUGCUCCCCCCCCUCCCCCGACACGGCCCUGAAGAACAUCGAGAGAGUCAUCCGCCCACAGCCCAAGCAGCGGACCUCUCUGUCCUCGUCCCUGGACGUCCAGAGGCCGGUGAACCACAGCUGUGAACCCAGCGAGGUGAGCUCGUCCCUGGGCUACGCCAGCUUCAGCACCAGCCCCCCCGCCAGCCCCCCCCUCAGCCCCAACCAGGAAGACUCUGCCGGCUCCAACGACGACUGUCAGCUCACAGACGACGGGCCGUACCAGCGAGACCCUCCUCCUCCUCCUCCUCCUCUCUGCUCCUCCUCCACAUUGAACCCUCUGUUGGAGGAUCGAAGGAAGAGCCAUAUCCCGGAGGAGUUUGCAGGCCUCCUUCAUGGCUCUUCUCCAGCCUGCGAGACCCCCGACACGCCUUUCCACCUCUACAGUCCCAAAUCUCGCAAGUAUGCCUCCACAGACGUCCAGAGCGGUUUGCUGCAAACCCCAGAGUUCAGCAUCGUGAUCGGAGGGGGACCCAGUCAGGUCUCCUCCAGGACAGGGGGCGAGUCGUUGUCUCCGAGGACCGCCAACGACCCGCAAAAGCCUCAGGUGGUGUACCGGACUAUCUUCCACACCAGGGUCAACCAGCAUCAGGCUCGACCCAAGAACUGCGAUCAGCGGGAUCAGCCUCGUGGAUGGUCUACGUUGGACCGCCCACCCUCCCACUACUCCGGUCAAAACCAGAAAGCUCCGGAGUCACAGGGGAUCCAGACGUCGGGCGAAUCCAAGGACGCUUCAUCUGGGGCAGGCUUCGAGGAGAGGGCCUGCACCCUGGGGAGGAUGAGGUCCAUGCCCCGGAGCGUGCUGGACCUGCAAUUGUCAAAGUGUCUUUCCAAGUCUGAUUCCAACCUGGUGGCUGUGUCUCCCGUACAGGAGGAGCACAGUUGGGGGUCUGGAUCUCGGGGCCAGGGCCCUGGAAGUCCGAACCCGGGGGAGGGUGCCAGCCCUGGGGGGAGACUGGAGAGAACGCCAUCCUUCACUGCAGAGUGGGAGGAGAUCGACAAGAUCAUGAGCUCCAUCGGGGCCGGGAUAGGAAGCGGACUGGACAUCAAGGAGGACGUCUCAGGUCCCCGCUGCCCCCUGCAGUCUGUGGGUCAGUGGCUCGACUCCAUCGGCCUGGUCCAGUACGAGAACCACCUGCUGGCCAACGGAUUCGACAAUGUCCAGUUUAUGGGCAGCAACGUGGUGGAGGACCAGGACCUGCUGGAGAUCGGGAUCCUCAACUCAGCCCACAGACAACGUCUCCUUCAGGCCAUCCGGCUGCUGCCCCGGGUGCGGCCGGUGGGAUACGAUGGCAACAACCCGACGUCGGUGGCGGAGUGGCUGGAGUCGCUGGAGCUCGGCGACUACACCAAGUCCUUUCUCAUCAACGGAUACACGUCCAUGGAGCUCGUCAAGAAGAUCUGGGAGAUCGAGCUCAUCAAUGUGUUGAAGAUCAAUCUCAUCGGACACAGAAAACGCAUCUUGGCCUCGUUGGGCGACCGGCUACACGAAGAAACCCCACAGAAGCCUCCGCGGGCCAUCUCCCUCAGGGAGCCCGGCGGGAACCACACUCCUCCCCAGCUCAGCCCGUCGGUGGGCCAGGCGGCGUACACGGCGGGGGUCCCGGGCGGAUCUCUAGACGUGCAGCACCUCAUCAUGCAGGCGGACGCCCGGCGCAGACAGCGCAGCAACGACAACUACUUCGAGGACGUGCCGCGAUCCAAGCUGGAGCGACAGAUGGCCCAAGUCAGCAUGGCAGGCGAGUGGUGCGAGCCAAUCACGUUGCGUCCACCCAACGAGGCCACCUCGUCCACCCCAGUUCAGUACUGGCAGCAUCAUCCUGAGAAGCUCAUCUUCCAGUCCUGCGACUACGAAGCCUACUACCUGGGUUCUAUGCUGGUGAAGGAGCUGAGAGGGACGGAGUCAACACAAGAUGCUUGUGCCAAAAUGAGGAAGUCGACAGAACAGAUGAAGAAAGUGCCGACCAUCGUCCUCUCCGUGUCCUACAAAGGAGUGAAGUUCAUUGACGCCACCAAUAAGAAUAUCAUCGCAGAGCAUGAGAUUCGUAACAUCUCGUGUGCAGCUCAGGAUCCAGAGGAUCUGUCCACGUUCGCCUACAUUACCAAAGACCUCAAGUCCAGUCACCACUACUGCCACGUCUUCACUGCUUUUGAUGUGAACCUGGCGUAUGAGAUCAUCCUGACGCUCGGCCAGGCCUUCGAGGUGGCCUACCAGCUGGCUCUGCAGGCCAGAAAGAGUGGCCACGGGUCCUCCACGCUGCCCGAGAGCUUCGACAGCAAGCCCAACAAACCUGUCCCCAAGCCCCGCGUCAACAUCCGCAAAUCUGUCAUGUCCCCCUCCAGCCGCUGGUCACUGGGCCAUAUUUACACCCCUCACCGGCCUCCUGUCCACCCUUCUCUUCCUCCCCCUCGACUCUUCCAUGUUCCUCACAGAGCUCAGUCACAGAUGGAGCAGCCGUCCAUGGACCAAAAGGGCCACGCCAACGUGCCGUGGAUUGUGGAGCCGGGUCAGGAGGCCAAGAGAGGAGUCAACACCAAGGCAAUGCCGGAAGCUCAUGUCUAUUACUGUGGAAUACAAAGAAUGUAGCCAGCCCUUAACACGGACCUUGUCACACUUACAAUGCAAAAAGGACUACAAAGGACUACAAACAUGGACGCCACCCCAGUGUUUAAGGUUGACUACAAAAUAUUUCACAUCAUUCAUUCACACAAUGCUUGACACAGUAAACUUUGGACCAAUACACACACACACACACACACACACUAACUGCAUCUCCACAGACCACGGUCUGCUCUGAAUGUACACUUAUCUGAAGCAGCCUCAACUUUCUGCAACUACAGCAGGAUCUGUUUUAUGCAGCCAGCUGGGAGGCAUGACCUUUGAACUUUGGGGUUUAGGGGGGGUUAGAGGUCAUCUGUCGGACACAGACACUGGCCUGGCUAAAGGCACCACUGGGCAUGUGUCAAUGUCGGAAUGGGAGAUGUGUUCGAGGACGUCGGGCUGGCUCUUUUUGGUCUUUUUAUUUUAAAGUCAGAAAAAUAAUAGAGAUAUAUGCACAAGCGUGUCAAUGUGAUUGGACUAGCUGCCGCACGCUUCAACCGCAACUGGUGUGUCAUCGCAGUGGAGGAUGAAACUAUGUGAACAAAAACUGCAUCUGAUGUUUAAAAAAAGUAUUCUAUUCGUAUUGCCCGACAUUUUAAUGUUUAAUAUGAGAGUAUUAUAUUACCAUGAUGAUUAUGAUUAUUCUUGUGCAAUUCUUGUCUACUGUUGUCUUAAUGUUACAUUAUUUUUCUAUGAUAUGCUGAGAUGAAAACGUUGAGCUUUGAGAAUGAUGGCCAUCCUUUAAAAAACAAUGUACUUGUACACAGAGAGUGAAUGUUGCAGGUGGCUCGCUAGCUCUGGUCAGGUCAACCCUCCAUCAUUUCUCAUGGGGCUCUACUCUUAUCUAGCAGAUGUACUAUUUUAAACGCAGUAUUACUGUAUCAUUUGGACAUUGUCCGAUUAUAAAAUGUACAUAGAUAUUUUGCCAACUCAUUGUUCAUACGUGUAAUGUAAAAGAGAAAAAAAUAAAGGACUUGCAGUACAUGGCACUGGAAACAAGGUACCAGAAUAAAGGUUGGAAGUUUAAAAAAAGAACGUGUUGGACUGUAGAGAUUGUAUUUUGAGUGAAAACUGAAAUGGGUAAUCUGGUGACAUCACUGCUGACCAACUAAUGUAAAUAGGCUUGGGCUUCCAGCACACUGAUUUUUGUAAUUUGGGCCAUUAUUUAUAUCCUUGUAAAGCACAUGAAAUAAAAUACAACUUGUACAACCAUCA